AUGUCGGUGGAAGACUCCUGGGUUUUCGAUUCGCUGGUGUGCUUCCUGCACGGGCCCAUUUGGAAUGCUCCGCUUCAGACGUUCAUAGAGCAAAAGUCCUUAGUCUUCGAUCCCAACCAGCAGUUGGAUGAGAACAAUCCGGACAUACUGCAGAUACACGAGGAAUACAAGAAUCUGGUGGACUACAUGCUCGGCAGCUUCAUGGAGGAGAUGCAGAUAUCACCGGAGCAGUUCGAAAUGGCCUGUCUGGAGGGUAGGCAGCAGGGUCAGGGCGAGAAUCCCUUUCAUUUCCACCAGGUGCUUUUCCAGCAGAUAUGGGCCGCCAACGAUCUGAAGAUAUUCAUACGGAUGAUGACGCAACGCAACGUGGAGCUUCAGCUGCAGGCCCUGGAUCUCAUAGAGAAAAAUCAAUUAGCCCCUGGUGGCGUCGAGGAGGGGGAUGACCGCAGUGCGGACGCUAGCUCGGAUCCAGGGGAUACCGCCUCCGAGGUGGAACAAAUGAUAGCCAAGACGGUGUCUGACGAACUGGAGAGCCCCGAAGCGGCCCUAACUCCAGAGCAGGAGCCCAAUCUGGAGCUGGUUAACGACAAGUUCCAGCGCCUGAAUCUGUUCUUCGAGCAGGAGGAUCGUGUGGACCCCAGUGAUGUUGUCUCGCGGCAGGAGUACCUGCGCCAACAGCGUGACAAGAUUGUGGAGAUAAAGAAGCAGACGCGUGCAAAGCAACUGCAAGAGACCAUGUCCCGCGGUACUCCACAUGCACCGGAAGGAGCACGUCCCAGCUCCGCGUUGGUGGCCCAACAGCUGCUCGAGAAUGGCGGCCAGACUAAGGAGCUCUCCAUGCCGGCACCACUAGAAGCUGAGGAGAACGCUGCCCUGCAGCUCAGACGCAAUCUUGCCAAGCGCUUGCGCAGCGAAGUGGUUGAGCAGAAGUGAAAGAAAGGACGCACUUUUUUCCCUACUAUUCCCAUUUAUUGCAGAUACUCAGCCAGGAUUAACAACGUGCAUUAGGUAUUGUGGCAUGCAGACUAGUUUGGUUGGUUGAUGCACGGUGUGUGUCGUAUGUUGUACUUGUAACGCCACCCCUCAUCCAUGUCCACAAACAGCCAAUCCAUAGAUUGAUUGUUUGUGGGCAUGGUCGAGCGGAUCUAUCAAUUUCCAUUACGCUAUUCCUCAAAAUAAACAUAUUGCUAGUGAAGUGUUUCUC